AUGAACUCUUUUUCAAUAGCAGAUGAUCGUAAUCGAGCAAAACAUGGCAAAUGGGGGCUUGAAUUUAUUGGAUUUUGGCUUCUUGGUCUUUGCAAUAAUUUUGGUUAUGUAGUGAUGUUAAGUGCUGCUCAUGAUAUAUUGAAACAAGAAAAGAAUGAUAAUUCAACUCAAUCGGUGUCACAUAAUACAACAAAUCAAUUUGAUUGUAAUCCAAUAUCAACAGGAGUGAGUAGAUGAAAUUAAAUGAAAAAUAUUAUGUAAAGACAAUGAUAAGAUACAUAAACAAAAGAGAUUAUUAUUAUAACAGAAAUAGAAAACGAAAGAAAAUACGAAAAUAUUUUUUUGCUUCAUUUUAGUCUCGUAUAGUUCUGAUCUUGAAUGAUA